GAUUUGAUUGACAGGUGGAGGGACAAACUUUUGUAGGGCCUCUAUAAAAGUCAAGUCAGGGCUCAGCAGCAAUACGUAAAAAUUUGAAGAAAGCUUUAUCCUCUCAUCUGAUCACAACACUGUCCUGAAAAUGUCUGACUUUGACACCAUUCUGACGAGCUGGGGCAGCGUGGAAGCCAACUAUGCUGCCAUUGGAGGAGAAGUUCUGGGCCGUCUGUUCGUGGAGCACCCUGAAACCCAGAAACACUUCCCUAAGUUUGAUGGGAUCUCCGCUGCUGAUGCGGCUGGAAAUCCGGCGGUCAAGGCACAUGGAGAAACCGUCCUGAAAAAACUGGGCGACCUCAUCAAGGCAAAAGGAAACCAUGCCGACAUCCUCAAACCACUGGCUACAUCCCAUGCCACCAUACACAAGAUCACCAUUACCAACUUCAAGCUGAUCAGCGAAAUCAUCGUUAAGGUGAUGGCGGAGAAGGGCCUGCUGAACAGCGGCGGGCAGGACGCCAUGAGAAGGGUGUUGGCUGCCGUCGUCAACGACAUAGACGUCUACUACAAGGAGUUCGGCUUCGCCGGCUAGAUGAACUUCGAACCCUUGAGUCCCUAACGUCGCUGGGGCCAAGUAAAUGGGUGUUUAUUUAGCCCGUGGGAGUAGAGUGUAAUCAAGUCACUUCUAAUAAUUACUUUUUCUGUAAGCAUUGUUGUAAACUGCAUAGUAGCGAGCAGCAGCUGUGGAGCGCAGGGCGAAAUCAACACCCCACCUCGAAAAAGAGCCUGACAAAAGAGAGGACGCUGAAACGGGCAGAAAUGAAAAAACAAGGUGAAAGAAAUUACUGAAUUAAUUACUGAGUCCAGAAGUCUGAGCCUCUGAUUUGAUCACUAAUGGAAAAGUAAUCGUGUUUUUCAUUUUUAUUUUACAAUUAAUAAACAAAUUAAUAAUAACAAUAAACACAACGUUCAUUACUAACAGAAGUCCAGAAGGGUUUUCUUAUUGACCGAGUCAUUCGGCAUGUACGUGCGCCAUCAGUUGUGUGAUUUUUACAGUCCCCUUAUAUACGGAAAGGUGUGUAAAUAAGACACCCGGGAAGAUUUUUGGAAAUGGACCGGGUGUCCGUUUUACAACACUGGGGUUUGCUUAUUAAUAAGGAUUAACAGUGAAUGAGAUUUAUUAAAGCAGUUGUCUGUAACGCACUUGUACUCGUGCACCCGAAUGCAUUUCACAGCUUUAUAAGAACAGCACAACUGCCAAGUGUUGUUGUGUUCAUGUCUGGUUAGGGUCUCGGCCCAGGCCUACCGAAACGUAAAAACAAACCUGAGAAAUUGGUACUGAAAUAGAAAAGAAACGCUGUUGGAAAGAUGAGCGACACUCUAAACAGCUCAAAUAUACAGAGAAAUGGUUUUGAAUGACCACAUCCGACAGAUAUCACUUCAUUAAUGUGAAUUAACGUUAAUGAUACACCUCAACUGAGGUACUGAGUUCGUGUGGUUCAAUUUUAUCUCGACUCCUCAGAUUAUUUAGCAAUAAUGAACAGUAAAGUCUCUUCACUUAAAUGUAAUGAAAAAGAACUGGACAAGAAGUAAUCAGACGUGUGUGUGUGUGUGUGUGUGUGUGUGUGUGUGAGUGUGAGACAUGCUUAUGAAUGUGCAGUCCUGCUGGUCUACAUCUAUCUCUCUUCAGUAUCAUUAACAUACUUUAAUGUGUGAUUAAGCAAUGAUCAUUAAUAAAAAUCUCUCGCUCACAAAGUC